AUGCGAGUGCGCGAGUACGCGAGAGCACAAGAGCCCAAGAGUGCGAGGGCGCGAAUGUUCAAAUGUGCGAUUGGGCAAGUGCGCAAGAGCGCGAGUGCGCGAGUGCGCAAGAUGGAAAGAGCACAAGUGUGCAAGUGUGCAAAAGCCCAGUCCUCGUCGGCCUCCUGGGCUGCCGAAGUGCACCAGCCGCUCGGGUCUCCUGCGUCCGCUCGCCGCCAUGGUCAACCGUCAGAGUCCUCGCUCGUUCUCUCGCGCGCCGUCACGACUGAAGCGCUCGCCGCGCACCUGGCGGGGAAGCCUACAACUCACGUUACUGGUUUAACUGAUAGUGGCGCGGAUGUGCGGAGGGGGCGAGGGGUGCCCUGUCCACGGCCGGUUUCCCGCGCGGCCGUCCAUUGGCCCGCCGUGCCGGGAGGGCGGGGGCCCGGUGACGAGCUCGCCAUAAGAGCGAACACGGCCGGGCCGGCGGCACGAGUGGCAUCAGCGCACGUGCACGAGAUGUUCCCGGCGGCGUGGCUCGUGCUGCUGGCGGCCUCGGCGGCGGCGGCGGCGGCGGCGGCCUGCCAGGGCUGCGGCGCCCGGCGCGCGGCGCUGGCCGGCGAGCAACUGGCGGCCGCGCGCGUCGAGCUCAUCAAGCGCCAGAUCCUGGACAAGCUGCGGCUGCAGGAGCCGCCGCGGCCGCGCGCGCCGCCCCCGCAGCUGCCGGCGCCGCUGGCGGGGGGCGGCCCGGCGCCGCCGCCGCAGGGCGACGGAGACGCCGACGCCUUCUACGGCCGGACGGACCAAGUCAUAUUGUUGCCCAAGGAAGAAGUACCACAUUGGAGCAAUGAAGGAAGCGAACUGAGCAGAAAGAUUUUCGAUAGCAGAGAAAGUUAUACUGAAGAUGGGUGGAUUAAGCUUAAAAUGACGAGGAUAGUGAAAGACUGGCUUCAUUACCAGGAACGCUCUCAUAAAAUCCACAUAGAGUGUACGACUUGCUCUAGAGAAUCGAACCAAACGGCAAUGUUCACUGAUGAAAAACACAAAACUGUUCUUGCUGUUCAUGUCAACGCUACGAAAAAGAAUCAUCGCGUGAAAAGGAACAUUAACUGCUCUCCUGGAGUGAGCGAGUGCUGCAGGGAAGAGCUGUAUGUUUCGUUCGCCGAAAUUGGCUGGGGAGACUGGAUACUGCAGCCACAGGGGUACCACGCUUACUUCUGCCGCGGCUCAUGCUCGAACGCUCCGGCGCUCACUGUCACUGGCUCCUACUACACCACUAUCAUUCAGAAGCUGAUUCACCGCAAUCACCAACUAAACAGAGACAUCGAUUUAUCACCAUGCUGCACCGCUACCCGUCUCUCUUCAAUCCAGUUGCUCUACAUGGACGGAAACGAAACAAUAACGCAAAAAACAUUACCAAACAUGGUAGUAGACUCUUGUGGAUGCAUGUGAUUUAUAUAUAUGCGUGCACUAAAACAUAACAGUAUUUUUGGUACCUGCAGAGAGUAGGCUCAAACGUGCAAAUUGCCACAAGCUGAUCUUCAGUAAAAUCUUCUGUGUUUAGAUUUAUUGAAUUAAAACAUACUAUCUGAAAAUUAUGAACAGAAUCUCACGAAACACAGGAAUUGAUUUACAUACAUUUGUUAAUAUUUUGGGUGAUUUAUGUAUAUACUGUAAUACUAUACUUAAAACAGUUUGUUUCAUUAGUAUAAUUAUAGUCUAAGUGUUUUAUUUGGACAGCCAAAUAUUACAAACGAACUUAUAUUUUUUUACAAUAAUUUUUUUAAAUAUAUUUUCUGCGGAACUGGAUAAAAAUAAACUUCGCAGUGUGUUUUAUGUAAAUAUU